AUGCCAGCGACGGCGGCGGACAUCGCAUGUAUCGUGUUGUAUUGUGCGUUCUGCCUGCUACUGCUUGGCGUGUGCUACUUCUCCAACCCUAAACCGGAGAACGCGGAAGGACAAGGACGGGUCGCGCAGGCGGCGGCGGCGCCAGCGGUGCAGAUGACGGCGGCUCCGGUCGUGCUGCGGUACUUCCCGUACUCGACGCUGGGCAGGAGGUCGUCGGAGAAGAAGCUGGUGUGCGCGAUCUGCCUGGACGAGUUCCUGCACCGGGAGGCGUGCGGCCAGGUGCCGGCGUGCCGCCACUUCUUCCACCGGAGGUGCGUCGACGUGUGGAAGAAGAGCAGCCAUAGCUGCCCGCUUUGCAGGCACUACAUGGCGACGGGAUCGGAGCGCGUAUCGGCUGCCGACGACAUGGUUUAG